AUGUCUCUGUUCGGCACUUCGCCGGAGGACUCUCCACUGGCUAAUUCGGCCCAGAGGUCCAAGGCCUCCCUUUUCGCAGACGAGCCGCCGUAUGGCAGCAAUACGGGCAAUGCGAGCUCCUCCCUGUUCGCCGAUGACGACAGCUCCGGCUCACCCUGGAUGAGUAACACCAAUAAGAGAACGUCCAAGGAAGAGAUCGUGAAGACCCUGCUGCCAGAUUCCGAUGUCCCCGAGAGCUAUAUCGAUGCGUAUGAUCUAGUCCUUAGUGCGGGGGACCGCGUUGGAACCGGUGUCGGGUUGACGUCCGUUCGGGAAAUACUGUCGGGCAGUGGCCUGAGCGCCACCGAUCAAGCGAAGAUACUCAACCUUGUUAUCUCGGGCGAUAGUGACAGCUCCAAUGGUCUUGGCCGGGGAGAGUUCAGUGUCCUACUAGCGCUCGUGGGUCUUGCGCAGGAAGGCGAGGACCUUACGUUUGAUGCAGUGGACGAUCGACGCAAGAAGCUUCCUGUGCCGAAAAGCUCUUACCUCGACGCAUUGCGCGCCAAACAGGAAUCAUCGGCUACACCUGUCCAGUCACAAGACCGUCCCGCUACGCCUCCUCCUCCUCCUUCCUCCGCCGCCUUACGAGAACCGAGCUCGACUCAGUCGCGACGAUCUGCCCGAGGGUCGAUGGGUAGCUUAGAGGCGGAUCCGUGGGGUAGUCCCCAACUGCACCGUGGUCACAAUCAUGCCCAGACCGAAUCUGAGCACGCCGUUUUGAAUGGGUUUGGGAGCGUGCGAUCGGGAUUCAAUGCAUGGUCGAGUAGGGCCAGUGAGGGGGAUCAUACACACGGAGCGUCUGAUAACGGCCGUGCCAACGGCCAUGCCGAUGCUCCACCUAGCAAUACUGGAUUUGGAUGGGGCGAGAGCACGGGGAAUACAUCUGAAGGCAGUGGUGGUGGACUAGGAGGGCCUGUCCGAGCAGGGCUUGGAGGCUUUGGCUCCUCUGGAAGUGAUCAGGGCGAGCCCAAUCCCCGUCGGCGGUCGUUGGGGAUAGGCCGGGUCAGCAGCCCCCGUCUAGAAGAAGUCAUAACGAUAACGCUACUCCCGGAGAAGGAGGGCAUGUUCAUGUUUCAACAUCGCAAUUACGAGGUAAAGUCGGCGCGUAGGCAGAGCACGGUCGUGCGACGGUAUAGCGAUUUUGUCUGGCUCCUGGACUGCCUUCACAAACGAUACCCAUUCCGGCAGUUGCCUUUGCUUCCACCCAAGAGACUUUCAGUCAAUGGCACUCACCUUGCAGCGGAUUCCAAUUCCUUCCUUGAGAAGCGUCGCAGGGGACUCGUCAGAUUCACCAAUGCCCUUGUUCGUCACCCGGUUCUCAGCCAGGAGCAGCUGGUCAUUAUGUUCCUCACCGUCCCUACGGAACUUUCGGUGUGGCGUAAGCAAGCCACAAUAUCAGUACAAGAUGAGUUCACCGGCCGAGCCUUGCCUCCCGAUCUAGAGGACUCGUUACCAUCGGACCUCACGGACAUGUUCGAUACGGUUCGCAGUGGCGUCAAGAGGUCUGCGGAGGUAUACAUCAACCUAUGCACUUUACUCGAGCGUCUAGCCAAGCGCAAUGAGGGGCUUGCCGCGGAUCAUCUGCGAUUUUCGCUCGCCCUUCAGUCGCUUACUGAGAUGACGCGAGACACGUAUGCCUUUGACACCAACGACGUGCCGUUGCUCAAUGAAGGCAUUAAGGCCACCGCGAGGCACCUCUCAGCCAGUCAGAGCUUGCUAGAAGAUGAAGCACGAGCCUGGGAGGAAGGGAUGCUGGAAGACCUUAAGCGCCAACGGGACUGCCUGGUCAGCGUUCGCGAGAUGUUCGACCGGCGGGACCGUUAUGCACGCAACAACAUCCCUCAGUUAGAAAAGCGGAUUGAGAACAGCGAGAGAAAACUGCAAGAAUUACGGGCGCGGACCCAGCCGGUCAAGCCUGGGGAAAUUGAGAAGGUAGAGGAAUCAAUUGUCAAGGACAAGGAAUCGAUUGUGCAUCAGCACGCACGUGGGGUGUUCAUCAAGGAAUGCAUCCGCAACGAACUUAUGUAUUUCCAACAGAGCCAGUAUCACAUCAGCCGGCUCCAUCAGGACUGGAGCCAGGAGCGAGUGAAAUAUUCGGAGCUGCAGGCUGACAAUUGGCGGUCACUGAGCGAUCAAGUGGAGGGCAUGCCACUGGGUGAUUAG